AUGUCGGCUCUAGAAUCGAAAGGUUCUAGAUGUCGCGGGCUUUGCGAGAUUCUCCCGUCAGACCAGGGCCUCGGAUCCGUUCUGCUGGGAUUACCGGUGGCUGAGGACUUGGCCACUGCUGCUGAUGCUGAUGCUGAUGCUGCUACUAUUAUUGCUGCUACUACAACUUUGGCAGCUGCUACUACCCGAGCCAUUGCAAUUGGCAGAAAAACCUCCAACUUGGGAGCCCAUCUAGGUAAUACUUACGAGUGCAGAUCGGUGUCGGUGAUAAUUCCGGGGCAUGUGGGAGGUGCGAGCAUACCCCAGAUACCAACCGUUGGCCUGUGGCAUUCCUGA